AUGCCGUCGUCCAACAUUCAGGUCUUCGUCAAAUGGAAGGACCAGACGAUUUUCGCCGGCGAAGAUGUGGAGUGUGUCAUCACCUUUAAGAACGUGACGGACACCACCCCUGCCGCCAGCAAUGGAGGUGAGGGUCAUCAGAGGAAGCUGUCUCGAGUCGCCAACCACGCCAGCAACUCGGCCUCCGACUCCUUCUUUUCCUUCAAAUCCGGCAACAGCUUAUUUUCGGGCCGGCGAUCCUAUUCGAUCGGCUCCCAACGGAAACCCUUCCACCGGACCGCCUCAUCGCUGAGCUCCCCGCUAGUCGGCUCCAGCAGCUUCCCGCCAAAUAGCCCCUCCACCCCCCGAUCCUGGCAGCCCGGUCACAGCCACAAGAGAUCAGUCUCGAUUCUCUCCAUAGACAGUGAGGGUCACGUCGACUCCAGUCCUUCACCGCAGAACUUCGCUCGAGCCAAAUCAAUAGCCAGGGGCCAUGGGCGCUCAGCAAGUCUUCAGGUUGCGCCCCGGAGGAACGAUAGCUAUGACGAGGCGUACAGAAAAGUUGGGAGAGCUCCCAUCCGUGGCUUCCCACCGACAGACACACCACUCGAAUCAGCCUUGGGCAAUCUCAGGGUCGACACCAACCACUCAGCCCGAGUAAACCGCCAGAGUCCGAUGGCAAAUAGCCCAAUAGUCCCGGGAGAGCCAAUGCGCAUGCCCGCACGAAGACCGCAGCCGCCCGCCAUCGACUUCAAGUUUCCAGCCGCUCCUCCGCCAUCCGAACCGACUAAUGUCCGUUCUGCUGCUCGAACUCCUUCCCCCAAAUCGGGUGAAGCAAAUGGAAGGAAAGCAAAGGAUCCGUCCGUGGCUCCUAGCCACCAGCAGCUCACGCGGAUUCUAUCGGCCACUAGCGUGAAUGGAAGCAGCCGAAGCAGCGGCGAGUUUUACUCCGUCAGCGACCAUUCGAGUGAGACACUCGCAUCAGAAUAUACAAACUACUCGGUUCAGGGUUCACGGCCUCCCCCUCCAGCUCGACACGCACGGCACUACUCCAGCGUCGUACCCUCGAUUGACAAAGCGGACAACGACAACCAGGCCUUGCUGAUGGGAUAUGCGCAGGUCAGCGCAUCGUUUACAGUUGAUGGCUCACUAGUUGAUCAAUCUGUAUUUGACGAAGUGAAGCGCAAGGGAGUGGUUGGCGGACAGGGAAGCGGACUUACUGGGCGCGCGAACCCGUCCAGCGAUCGCUCGCGCAAAGGAGGUGGGUUCUGGGGUGCAUUCAAAUGGAACACCAUUGAAGAAUCCAUCAAUGGCCUGAUGUCGAACAACGAACUGGAUGGCUUGCGAGAAAUGCGCGGCGUCGCCUCCUCACGGGCAAUACCUUUACUCUCCACCACCCAAUCGCUUCUCUUUGUCGACCUGCGACUCGCGCCGGGUGAGGAGCAGUCAUACACCUUCUCAUUCACCCUCCCGGAAGGGCUUCCCGCCAGUCAUAAAGGGAAAGCCAUCAAAAUCUCGUAUAACCUGGUCAUUGGCACUCAGCGGCCGAGCGGACCCAAUGAACCUCAGAAAGUAAACCGCAUCAACAUCCCCUUCCGAGUAUUUAGCGGUGUGAAUGGUAAGUUGCCUUUCCAAGAUCGUGAUAUCAAAUCUAACACCCUUCCAGUCAAAGGAGACGUGGUCGGCCAUGACCUGAUGUCACCGUAUGUGCUCUUGCGUGACGAAGCCAAGGUAACCAAAGUCGGGCCAAACACACCAGCGGCAACCAUAAAAAACCAAAGCAUCAGCAGUCCGUGGGGCUCGGCUGGUGACUUUCUGACAUAUGUGGACAACAUUCUCGAGCAGCGCGCCCGCUCCAACACAUUAUUUCCUCCCGGAGCAUUGCAUGAGCGACAAAAGAGCAUGGAUACCACACCCUCUCAGCAGAUUCUGUCCGCCAAAGACACCAUCGACCUGGCGAUUCUGCGCAGCAAUCAAGCCAUCCACACAAGACGCAGCCCCAACCGCUUUGAGAUCGCCCGUGAGGGGCAACGCAUUGCGGUGGUUGUAUUAAAUCGGCCAGCGCACCGACUCGGCGAGACCAUCAUCGCCACCUUGGACUUUGGCGAAGCCGCAGUCCCGUGCUACGCGGUCCGGGCGUCACUGGAAACUUCGGAGAAGGUGACGCCGACUCUGGCCGUGCGGUCGAGUGCCAGCAUCCAUCGCGCCACACGACGAAUCUACGCAUCCCUAUUCGAGAACACGCUGUACUCUACGCGAGUUGUCUUCGCUCCGGCGAUCCCCAUCGCGGCUACACCUACGAUCCGCACCAGCGGCGUUAGUCUGGAUUGGGAAUUACGAUUUGAGUUUGUGACUGCCAGCAGCACCAGCGAACAGGGGCCUGGUCCAUCGGGUAUUGGUUUGCUCGAAACGUUGUCGGCUGAUGAUCGCGGCAAAGUGAUGUCUGCGAUGGAGCGGCUGGGCUGCGAGUCGUUUGAGAUCUCGAUCCCGUUGACAGUGUAUGGCGAGACUGUGCGUGAGCAAACCCCUGAGGAGAAUGAGGGAUACUCGAUCUAG